UCUCCUUCCAUCUGCAGAUCGGCCUGAGCCGCGAGCCGGUGCUGCUGCUCCAGGACUCGUCCGGGGACUACAGCCUGGCGCACGUCCGCGAGAUGGCUUGCUCCAUCGUCGACCAGAAGUUCCCCGAGUGUGGUUUCUAUGGAAUGUAUGAUAAGAUCCUGCUGUUUCGCCAUGACCCUACCUCUGAAAACAUCCUGCAGCUGGUGAAAACGGCUAGUGAUAUCCAGGAAGGCGAUCUUAUUGAAGUGGUCUUGUCAGCUUCUGCCACCUUUGAAGACUUCCAGAUCCGCCCCCACGCCCUCUUCGUUCAUUCGUACAGAGCUCCCGCUUUCUGUGACCACUGUGGAGAAAUGCUGUGGGGGCUGGUCCGUCAAGGCCUCAAAUGUGAAGGAUGUGGUCUGAAUUACCAUAAGAGAUGUGCAUAAAAUGUUUCCCUCACUGGGCUCAGCACGGUCCGCACAGUGUCUGCUGAGCUGUCCACCAGUGUCCCGGAUGAGCCCCUUCUGUCUCCUCUGAGUCCUGGCUUUGAGCAAAAGUCACCAUCAGAAUCAUUUAUUGGUCGAGAGAAGAGGUCGAAUUCUCAGUCAUACAUCGGACGCCCCAUUCAGCUCGACAAGAUCUUGAUGUCGAAAGUGAAGGUGCCCCACACGUUUGUCAUCCACUCGUACACGCGGCCCACCGUGUGCCAGUACUGCAAGAAGCUCCUCAAGGGACUCUUCAGGCAGGGCCUGCAGUGCAAAGAUUGCAGAUUCAACUGUCAUAAACGCUGUGCACCUAAAGUACCCAACAACUGCCUGGGCGAAGUGAGCAUCAAUGGAGAUUUGCUCAGCCCUGGGGCAGAGUCUGAUGUGGUCAUGGAAGAAGGGAGUGACGACAAUGACAGUGAGAGGAACAGUGGGCUCAUGGACGACAUGGAAGAAGCAAUGGUCCAGGAUGCUGCAAUGGUGAUGGCAGAGUGCCAGAACGACAGUGGGGAAAUGCAGGACCCGGACCCAGACCCAGAGGACUCCAACAGAACCAUCAGUCCAUCAACAAGCAACAACAUCCCGCUCAUGAGAGUUGUGCAGUCUGUCAAACACACGAAGAGGAAAGGCAGCACAGUGAUGAAGGAGGGGUGGAUGGUUCACUACACCAGCAAGGACACACUGCGGAAACGGCACUAUUGGAGAUUGGAUAGCAAAUGUAUUACCCUCUUUCAAAACGAUACUGGAAGCCGGUACUACAAGGAAAUUCCUUUAUCAGAAAUUUUAUCUCUGGAACCAGCAAAACCUUCAGCUUUAAUUCCUAAUGGGGCCAACCCUCACUGUUUUGAGAUCACUACAGCAAAUGUAGUAUAUUACGUGGGAGAAAAUGUGGUCAAUCCUUCCAGCCCAUCACCCAGUGGCAGUGUCCUCACCAGUGGCGUUGGUGCUGAUGUGGCCAGGAUGUGGGAGGUGGCGAUCCAGCAUGCCCUCAUGCCCGUCAUUCCCAAGGGCUCAUCCGUAGGUUCCGGAACCAACUCUCACAGAGAUAUUUCUCUGAGUAUUUCAGUAUCAAAUUGCCAGAUUCAAGAAAAUGUGGAUAUCAGCACAGUCUAUCAGAUUUUUCCUGACGAAGUACUGGGGUCAGGGCAGUUUGGAAUUGUUUAUGGAGGAAAACAUCGUAAAACAGGAAGAGAUGUAGCUAUUAAAAUCAUUGACAAAUUAAGAUUUCCAACAAAACAAGAAAGCCAGCUUCGUAAUGAGGUUGCAAUUCUACAGAACCUUCAUCACCCUGGCGUUGUAAAUUUGGAGUGUAUGUUUGAGACGCCUGAAAGAGUGUUUGUUGUUAUGGAAAAACUCCAUGGAGACAUGCUGGAGAUGAUCUUGUCAAGUGAAAAGGGCAGGUUGCCAGAACACAUAACGAAGUUUUUAAUUACUCAGAUACUCGUGGCUUUGCGGCAUCUUCACUUUAAAAAUAUCGUUCACUGUGAUCUCAAGCCAGAAAAUGUGUUGCUUGCAUCAGCCGACCCUUUCCCUCAGGUGAAACUCUGUGAUUUUGGUUUUGCCCGCAUCAUCGGAGAGAAGUCUUUCCGGAGGUCGGUGGUGGGUACCCCUGCUUACCUGGCUCCCGAGGUCCUAAGGAACAAGGGCUACAAUCGUUCCCUGGACAUGUGGUCUGUUGGGGUGAUCAUCUACGUCAGCCUAAGCGGCACCUUCCCAUUCAAUGAAGAUGAAGACAUACAUGACCAAAUCCAGAAUGCAGCUUUCAUGUACCCACCGAACCCCUGGAAGGAAAUCUCCCAUGAAGCCAUUGAUCUUAUCAAUAACUUGCUGCAAGUAAAAAUGAGAAAGCGCUAUAGUGUGGACAAGACCUUGAGUCACCCUUGGCUACAGGAUUAUCAGACCUGGUUAGAUUUACGAGAGCUGGAGUGCAAAACCGGGGAACGCUACAUCACCCACGAAAGCGACGACCUGCGGUGGGAGCAGUACGCAGGCGAGCAGGGGCUGCAGUACCCCCCACACCUGGUCAACCCCAGUGCAAGUCCCGGCGACAGUCCCGAGACUGAGGAAACGGAGAUGAAAGCCCUCAGCGAGCGUGUCAGCAUCCUCUGAGUUCCAUCCCCUAUAAUCUGUCAAAACACUGUGGAAUUAAUAAAUACAUACGGUCAGGUUUAACAUUUGCCUUGCAGAACUGCCAUUAUUUUCUGUCAGAUGAGAACAAAGCUGUUAAACUGUUAGCACUGUUGAUGUAUCUGAGUUGCCAAGACAAAUCAACAGAAGCAUUUGUAUUUUGUGUGACCAACUGUGUUGUAUUAACAAAAGUUCCCUGCAAAACUAAACGUGUUAUUGUGAAUGAUUCAUGUUAUAUUUAAUGCAUUAAACCUGCCUCCGCUGUGCCUUUAUAAAUCGGUGUUUUUCUUACUGGAGCCUCAAUUUGGUAAGAGUCUACAGAACCCGUCUAUGAGAUAGUUCUGUUGUGUCCCAUCGGUUUUCGUGAUAAGCAAACUAUUGAACAGUCUAUUAUUACCAUUGUUCUAUGAACAAUUCCAAAACUUAUGUGGAAAUAAAAAAGAAUGAUGGAGCUGUGGGGGGACAGAUAUACGAUCCUAAGACACAAGUGCAUGAGAAUUUUAUUGUAUAGUCUCAAAUCCCUUACCUGCCUAGUGUGCCUCAGUGUAUUUAAACUCAAGUAAGGGCACCUAGGCCUGCCUGCUACUUUUAAGCCUAAAUGCCUUAAAAAUGUAAACUGCCAGAUACAGCAAAUAUAUUCCCCUUUCUUACAAUGCCCUGCUGUAUUAUGGAGAAUCAGCAGCUAAGCAACCUUUUUGCCUUUGUGUAUUUUUUAAUAAUAAAUAAAUAUUCUUGUCAAAA